AUGACUUCCGAAGUCGUUGAUCUGCUCAAGAACAUCGAUCUCUCCGAGCCGAAGAAGCUGCCGCCGGGCAAGAGCGGCAAGCCGACCAAGAUCGCCACCAAUUCGUAUCGUCUCACGAUCGCGAAGGGCCACGCCAUCUUCAAGUACGAUGUUCGCAUCUACGAGACCUACGUCAACAAGCAGGGCGUCGCUUCGCUGAAAGAACUUUGCAAGCAGACCAAGGACGACUUCACCGAGCAAGAUCGCAAGGCGAAGACGGUCUUCCUGCUCAAGCUGUUGACGGAGAAGAAGCUGCUCCCGUUCGGAAAGCUCGAAGAAGUCGUGUAUGAUCGCGCGGCGAUCCUCUUCAGCCUGAAGAAGUACCCGGCGGUCAACAAGCUCUUCGAUGCGGCUACCCUCAAGGAUAUGAACUACAAGUGCUCUGAGGAAUGCACCGGCGUACAAUUUGAGCUCAAGCCCGUUACCGAGGACUACGCUCUGACAACGGACGAUGCCUUCCGGGAUGGUGAUGGAAACAUCUUCGAGUUCCUGAACCUGCUGACGUCCCAACAUGCUUUCGUCCGCACCGGCAAGUUCAUCGUCUACCAGUCGAACCGUGCCUUCCUCUUCGACCCCUCUGAGGCCGGAUUCCGCGAGGCCGAUUGCCCAGCCCUUCCGGACGGCAAGUACCUCGGAAUUGGAUGCGUGGCCAAGACGGCCUUCCAUGGCAAAAGCGUCGGCCUCCACAUCAAAGUGGCGGCCAUCUUGCACUGCAAGGUCGAACAGCUGGAGAGCGUCUACUCGCCCGACAAGCUGAUUCGAAUCAAGGACCAACUGAAAGGUGAAAUCAAGGCCCUGGAGCAGAAGCACCAGAUCCUGACGCAGGAUUUGCUUUUCAAGCGCGUCACCGAGACUGGCCGCCGCGACACCAUGAAGAAUAUCAUUCGGAAGAUGAAUAUGAAGUUGGGCGGACUGAACCACUACGUCCUCGACACCGGCAGGAUCAUCGAGCAGCGCAAUUUGAUCAUCGGCAUCGAGUUUACGCACCCGCCGCCGACUGCUCCUGGCCAGCCGCCGGCUGGCCCGUCCGUCCUCGGCUUCUCGUCAAAUUGUUCCGGCGAUCUGCACAGCUUCGUUGGCGACUACAAAUUCAUCCAAGCUCGCGCCGGUGACGAUCGUUCGGCUAUCGAUGGCCCGCUGAAGCAGCUGUUCAAGGAAUGCUUGAACCGAUUCAAGGACUCUUACGGCGCUAUGCCGGAGACGAUCUGGGUGUACCGCAACGGCGCCUCCGAGGGCCAAUUUCCUGUGUUGCUCAGCAAGGAAAUCCGACUCUUCUAUGAAGUUGAAGAGCUGACGGGCGGAAGCUACCUUCCAAAGAUGGUCUACAUUGCCGUGAGCAAGGACCACGUACACCGUUUCUACUUGGAAGGCGGCUCGGAUAAGGCUCAAAACGUUCUCCCGGGCACGGUCAUCGACACCGGCAUAGUCUCGCCGUCCCGCAACGAGUUUUUCCUGAGCCCUCAUAAGGCUUUCCAGGGAACGGCGAAGGCGCCGAAAUACACCGUCCUGCGCAACGGCAGCGACAUCAACAAGCCCAGCUACACGAUGGACCAGAUCCAGGGCACGUUUCCCCCGCUGCGGGUCGCCUCGGAAUGCGCCAAGCGCGGCAGCUCCAACUACACCCAGGAGCGCAUCAAGCCAGUUCACGGCAAUGUCGACCUGGAGGACAUUGAAGUGCUCAACAAGGAGAUGGUCUACAGCGGCCGCCAACUCUCCAAGAACACCGGCACAGCCUGGACCUAUCUCUACGCAGUGACCGGUUUGGAGAUGUUGACAAUAAUCGGCUCGACGGUUCUUUAUAUCCCCUUUAUCACAGUGGUGGCGACGAGCGGGCAAUUUCACAAGAAUCUGCUGCGGUUGUUCAUCUUCUUUGAAACGCCCGAGACCGAUGUCUUGCUUUUCCUCGUCUCGGCUGGCCGGGUCUUUUUGGCCAUAAUAUCAGCCCUAAAAAUGCCAGUGAUCGUCAUCGAGAGGCUGUUCGCUUGCUGCUUCAUCUGGGACUACGAGGAGAAGCGGCGCCCGUGGAUCUCCUACCUUUUAAUUUAUGCACAAUCCUUAUUCGCCGCUGCGAUGGGGACAUUCUUUCUUUACGCUUUUGCCUCAAACCCUCGCGUCUCGAUGAUCUGUUUCGGGGGCGGCUAUCUGGUGCUCGGAGCUGUGUUGCUGAUUGUCUACUGGCGACUUUCAGUCUACACUGACCACGUGCUCGCCGCGCUCUCUUCAAUGGCAUAUGGGCAAACGGGCUAUCUUUCUGUAAGGUAUCAAGUGGAGGAGAACAUCCGCGUGUUUCGGCUCAUGCGCCGAAUCGUAAUCGGGAACGCGGUGACCAUCACGGUUGGUUUGGGCAUAGCCACGUUGUGCUGGUUGGCGCCGCGGGAUACGCUGCGCGCGGAGAUGGGCAAAGCGUUCUGCGAGCUGUACAUUGCGUUCUAUGUCGCCAGCUUCCUCGUCGUCUGCUUGUGGGCAGUCGAAGAUUGGCGCUACAGAUUCUUUCAACUCUUAUCCAAGACGAUCCGCAUCGAGCCGAACCCCGGCUGUCGGCCAAGCGGUUUCGUCGCCGUCGACCCAAACCUCGAAGCGACCAUCUACUUUGACUUUUAUCGAAAGGCAUGG